UCCUGGGCGACUUCCCCCGUCGGUCGAGGGCUGACAGUCAAGGUUUGUGUUUUUGCAGGCUGUUUAAAACCGCAGAAAGACAUCCAGAAGGUGGUCGGAACCGUCUCUGAAAACCACGCCGGCCAAUCAUCAUGACAUCUAGAAACCUCCGGCUGGAGCAGAGGCAGAUGUGAACCGAACUGACUUGAGUUACCUCGCCAGAGCCUAAGAGUUGUAGAAACUUCACGGUCUGGAGGAAAAAGCGCGUGUGACUCGGAAGUCAUGGUCGAGGUAUUUUCGGGGCGAACUCUCUUGAAUAAAGACGGGGAUCUCAUCGACCCCGAAGAGGCCCUGAGGAACAAAGUAGUCGGGAUCUAUUUUUCUGCCGGUUGGUGUCCGCCUUGCCGAGAUUUCACACCGAUCCUGUGUGACUUCUACACGGAGCUUGUCGAGGAGGGCGAACCCCCCGCGCAGUUCGAGAUCGUCUUCGUGUCGUCGGACAAGUCGCCCGACGACAUGGUCGAAUACUACCACGACAUGCACGGGGACUGGCUCGCCUUGCCUUGGACGGACGACUACAAACAUGAAUUGAAGCAGCGCUACAAGAUCACGGCAGUGCCCAAACUGGUGAUCGUGAAGGAGAACGGCGAGGUGAUCACAGACAAGGGCAGGAAACAGAUCCGGGACAAGGGCCUGGCCUGCUUCGGGACCUGGCUGGAGGCCGCCGAGGUCUUUCAGAACUUCAAGGGCUAGAAAACGCGAGGGGUAGGCAGGGAAGGCAAGAAAGACCUCUUCAUCACAGGGCUAAUCUAACACUUUGCUGACAUUGCAGGUUGUAUCUCCCUUUUACAGGAUUUAUAUAUUCAGAAAUGUGUUUUUGUAUACAACUGCAUAGUAAUAAUAAUAAUAAAGCCACAAUCAAGCUAAUUCUUUAUGUACACACUCUUUUACAAAGGCAUAUGCAAAGGAGAUGGGUGUCAGGUCUCAAAUUUGGAUCAGGUUAUCAUAAUACUGUGAAAAAGCUAUUAGUGUGCAAGUCUCUACUUGAUUAAGAUCUGAUACUUCAUUCAGCACUGUAACAUCAACUUCUGGAACGGGACACCUACAGUAGUUUCUCAGCAGACUAAUUGAUAUGUAAAAAGACUUGGCUUGAGGUGUUUUGAAUAUGCAAAGUACUGAGUAAAUGCACAGCUAAAAUAUUCCAUGUUUCAAGUAUGUACACUUUCCCAUAAUUCUAUUUGAUGAAUAGAUUAACAUGCAUAUAUCCAAAGAUGUGAGUUGUAGAUAUAUUUUGGCUGUUUUUUUUUACAUUAACUUUUAUAUGAGUUGUUAGGACAUAUAUAUAUAUAUAUAUAUAUAUAUAUA